AUGGUGCAAGGGUUCUGCUUGGCAAUAAGGCUCUGGGCUUGGGUGGAGCGAGCCAGAAAGCUUAGGGCUUGCCAAGAGCGAUGCCAAGGCCAGCUUGGCAACCGUGGGGUUUGGAACAAGACAUGGAGGUGGUGGAAUUUUGAUGUCUUUAUCCGAAGUGGAUUGAAGAUGGAAGGGGAUGAUGGGUUGGUGGGGUCAUUGAGGGAGGGGGAAGAUGUGUGUUAUCGGACUGGGAGACGGUCGGCCUCGUACAUUUCACUGUCUCUGAUGGGCCAGUCCAUGGACUUCGUGUUCGAAGUGGACGCCCUAACGGGGCACGGUGUUGAUUCCCUACCUGAGGUACCUUACCUAUCUUUCGUGGUCCUCAGCUCACAGACGACCGAUACUUACACGGUCUCGUCCCCAAGCCUCAACAUCCCUAUUCCUUGA